AUGAAGCCGCAGCCCCAGCAACUUUCAUUUAGUUGCCGCGUCCCAAUCAACGCCCCGACACGAUAUUCCCCUUUUUCCGUGUCCACCUUGGGGGGGGGGGGGGGAAAUAGGAAAAAGAAAACCACCACCCACCUACCACUAUUUCCCCCGCCCCUUCCAGAGGCGGGUCGGGGAUCUCGAUCUCCCGGGAAGGGCGGCCCAAAUUUGUACUUUCAAAAACGAGUGGGGGAACCCGAGGGAAAGGCCAAGAGCGAGGGGGCUCACCCGCCGCGCCCCGCCGGGCCCGGCUUCCGCGGGCGGCAGCGAUUGGCGGCGGGGACGCGGGCCGGGCAUGGGGCCCGGCCGGGACGCGCUAGGCCGCAGGCUCGGUUAAUAUUCAUGAGCGGACGGGAGGCGCCCCUCCUCCACGGCCGGCCGGCGGGACCCCGGCGCCCGCCGCCGGCCUUUGUGCCCUUCCCUCCUCCCGCCGUCCUCCCCCGCUCCGCACACGCGGGUGCGGCCCCUACGCCCACGCCGGGCGCCCGCCGCGGCUCCCUCCGGCCCCGCGCCAGCGCCGGGCGGGGUGGCCCGGGGUGGCGGGAAGGGAGGGAGCCCGCGGCGAGCCCGGCUCUCCCUUUCCACCCGCCCGGCGGCGCUGCGCCGGGUCGGCCGAAGCAGAAAAUAAAGCAGACACGCACCGGAGAAAGCGCGGCGAGUAGAUCCGCACCCGGCCGGCCGGUCCCCGGACGGCACGCCCGGCGCGCACCGGACCCAGCGGGAGGACGAGCGGGCGCUGCCCGCCGCCGUCGCGCUCCGAGGCCGCCGCCCCCGGCCGGCCGCUCCCAGGCACCGCCGCGACCUGCCCCGGCCGGCCCCGGGCUCUCGGCCGCCGCGGGAGGGCGUGGGGCGGGGCGGCGGCCGCCGGACUCUCCCCUCGCCUCGCCGGGCCGGGCCGGGGCCGCGCUCGGGCGCCCGCGAUCACCAAGUGACAGAAGUGCCUCGCUCCGCUGCCGCGCCGAGCUGUUUCCCGGGGGCGGAUUUCUCGCUUCUUCCUCCCUGGAUCCACCUCCUCCCACUCCACCUCCUUCCCCUCCCCUCCCCAGGGGAGGCUCCGGGGCUGAAUAUUUUCUGUCUUGAAUAAUAUGGUCCCGGGAACCAACGCUGGAGAAGGGGGAUUAGCCUGGGGCGGGGUGAGGGGUGAUCGCCAACCCCCUCCCAAUGUGUGUCGGGACCUACAAGCCCUCGCCGCCCCCAACACCUCCCCCAAAGCCAGACACACAAAACCCUCCCCGCCUUCGCCAAUCUCUCGAGCUCAGAGCGGGAGCGGCCAGGAACCCGGGCUUCUGCUGCGGAAGGCUCGGUGCUCCGCGUCAGGGCCCGGGAGGGGGACCUUCAUACAGCCAGAUACCCAGAAUUGGGGGAUCCCAGGUCCCAGACGGCGGGGGACACGUCUGGGGCAGUUGAACAAUUCCGCGCGGCUAGCAGAACUGAGGAGAGAGGUGGCGGCGCGUCUCUACACCGCAGGUCGCCGCGGCGCGGAUCGGGAGUACAACCGCCGCCCCUCCUCUCCUGAUUGCGGGGCUGCGCCCGGGACCCCGGCGGUUCACCCCGCCCCGCCGCCCCUCACAACAUCUCCCGCUGCAAAUGGCCCAAUCAGAAAACGUGACGAGAGGACGCCAGCCAAUCAGAGGCUGCUGACUCAGGCUUCCCUCCACCCUUUGCCCCGCCCCAGUAGGAAAACCCACCCACCCUCGGUCUCCCCUUCCUACCCCGCCCCCCUCCGGGGAGGUGGCUCACAGCUCCUGUCCUCGUGGGGCAGAAGUGGAGGACCCCGCCGAGGCGGCGCGGUUUGUCACCUCACCCUUAUCCUCGUCUCCUCCCAGACACACCCCUCCUCAUUUUCUCAGUCCUCCUGCUGGUGCCGUUGAGGGUCAUUUUUUUUCCUCGUGCCAGCGGGGGACUGCCAGCUAUUGUGUCGGAUCAGCUGCCACCACCCUUCGGCGGGGGGGUGGGGGGGGGAAUCCAGAAGCUUUGGGGUCUUACCUUUUCCUUUCUUUCUUACCACUCUGCCCCAAAAGAUUUAGACACCUCCGCACUCCACCCACCCCGCCCUCCCCACGCAGCUCUCAAUUCGCUGCCUGGGUCCUGUUUUUUGUUGAGAAAAAACAAAAACUACUCCCUGGAGCCUGAAUACCUGUGCCUUCGUUUUUACAUCUUCCUAAGAGUGGGAGGCGCCAAACAUUUCGAAUAUACAACUAAAUCUUCAUCCUUGAUGAGAAGAACGAUUUUGACUAGAUCAUCUUUAUAUGGCCAUGAAAUUUGCAUGUUCUUGACAGCCCCUGACAAAACUAGUCAGCCAAUAACAAAGAAAAAAAAAAAAGAAUAAAACAGAGGGAAUGCCUGCCAGUCAGUUGGUAAUUUACUGAAUAGCCCACUGCGCUAUAGCAGUAUCCCGUUCUGGAGAGUGUAGAGUAAAUGAACUAGAAGUGAAUGGCAAUGUAGGCUUUGAGCAGUGUACCUCUAGUGGGCUUAUAGAAUGUGUCCAGAAAGGAAAAACACUUUUAAGCACAAAACAGCUCCUUACAAAUGCAAAUGCAUAAUCAAGGCGUAAACUGAGUCCCUCACAGCCGUGGACGGCUUGGGUUAAGGUUUUUGUAAUGGAAAUUUUUAAAAAUGUUGAUUUUGAAAAAAGGCUUUCAGUGUGGUAAAGGAGACUAAGUGUUGGCCAUGGAAGGAGAUAGGAAAAGGAGGGAAAACACAUUUGAGGAAUUGUGGGGAAAUAACAAUACCUAAAAAGACAUUUCUAAAAGAGAUAAGGGGAAGGCUCAGGAUUAGACUAGGGCCACUAU